UUACAUAAUAUUCCCAUCACUAUACUGGACCGCUGUCCUCUCCAAAAGUUCAUUCGAGUUAUGCAGGCAACAAGGUCAAUACCUCGCAAGCUGUCAGCAUGCCGCCAAAUUCAUAACCACUCGAUCCUUCGCUCAUCAAACCCUUCUGGUCGUACGGCUUCGUUUGGCUUCAGGACAGUUCCAGAGGAGUCGAAGGAAUCACUUGUGAAGGAUGUUUUCGACUCUGUCGCGUCAAAAUAUGACUUGAUGAACGACGCAAGCUCCCUUGGCGUGCACAGGCUCUGGAAGGACUCUUUUGUAGAUACGCUCAAACCGGGUCGCAAAGGUCCCCUCCGGUGUAUAGACGUUGCAGGUGGAACAGGCGACAUUGCUCUUCGUAUUCUCGAUCAUGCGAGGGAGAAAUAUGCAGACAGGGAGACGACCGUGGAGAUCGUGGACAUCAACGCGCAGAUGCUCAAGGAGGGUUUCACGAGGUUCAAAAAGACAAUGUACCACAAUACACCUCAGGUUUCGUUCCAUGAAGCAAACGCACAGGAACUACCUGCUUCUCAGUUCAAGAAUGAUUCGUACGACCUGUACACGAUCACAUUCGGUAUCCGCAACUGCACGUCCAUCCCUGCCGUGCUAAGCGAGGCUUACCGGGUUCUCAAGCCUGGCGCUACCUUUGCGUGUCUUGAAUUCAGCAAAGUAAAUAACCCGCUCCUGAGCACUCUGUACGAUCAGUACUCAUUCACAGUCAUCCCGCUGCUUGGAACCAUCCUAGCUGGCGACCGCGAUUCAUACCAGUAUUUGGUAGAAUCUAUUCGCAAAUUCCCAAGCCAGCCCGAGUUUGCGCAGAUGAUCAGAGACGCAGGUUUCUCCACAGGAGGUGAUUUUGAUGGUGGUGCAUGGACAGAUCUUUGGGGAGGCAUUGCCUCGAUACACACAGGAGUGAAGAUUUAGCGAUAGCAUGAUUUUCAUUGUCGUACAUACCGCAUGAUGGCUUUGCAAUUGUCUUACCUUGCUUUGUGAUGGGUUGUUGCAAACAAUGGAUUUGCAAAGCACGC